CGGAAGGUUAAGUAGUAAACAAUCUAUUUUAGAUUUUAGGUUUAGUGAAAAUAUUUGAACAAUUUUCAAGAUGACAACUGCAAUGGAAGUUGAUGAUUCUAAUAAAAAUGUUAUGGCAUCUUCCAACGCCGUUGGGAGUGUUUCAUUGUCUCUUCAUCCUCUUGUUCUGAUGAAUAUUUCUGAGCAUUGGACCAGGAUAAGAGCUCAGGAGGGUUCAGCACAGCAAGUUAUCGGAGCUCUUAUUGGAAAACAGAAAGGAAGGAAUAUUGAACUGAUGAAUUCUUUCGAACUUAUGUUUACACGUAUUGAUGGUGACAUCAUUAUCGACAGAGAAUAUUACAACACAAAGGAAGAGCAAUUCAAACAAGUAUUCUCUGACCUCGAUUUCUUGGGAUGGUACACAACCGGAGAUGCACCAGACGAUAGCGAUAUUAAGAUUCAUCGGCAAAUAUGUGAAAUAAACGAAAGUCCAGUUCUACUGAAACUUAAUCCUCAAGCAAGACAUAGCGAUCUGCCAGUAACGUGCUAUGAGUCCGUUAUUGAUCUUGUCGAUGGAGAAGCUACAAUGUUAUUUGUUGAGCUUCAUUACACUCUCGCUACAGAGGAAGCUGAAAGAAUUGGAGUCGACCAUGUCGCCAGAGUGUCAAACAAUGAUGCAACUGAAAGUUCAUUAGUUGCUGAACACUUAAGUGCGCAACAUUCUGCUAUCAAAAUGCUCCAUUCCCGAGUUAAGCUUGUAUUGGAAUACCUUCGUGGAGUCGAGACUGGGCAGUUACCAAGAAAUCAUGAAAUAUUGAGGAGUGUAUAUUCUCUUAGCCAUCGCCUUCCUGUCGUUCAAGGCCAAUAUUUUCAUCAGGAAUUUUAUAAUCAAUGUAACGAUGUUGGUCUGAUGACCUACCUCGGAAUCAUUACAAAAGGUUGCAACGAUAUGAACCAGCUAGUGAACAAAUUCAACUUGCUCUACGACAGGCAGGCUAGCUUCGGAAGAAGGCUCAAGGUUAUUCUGUAAAUAUUGUCUCUUAAAGAAAAAUAAAAAAGAAGAAAAAAUUUCCUAUAAUAUAUUAAGAAUUGUAAAUAUAUAUACAUAAUUAUUUCAAAACUGUUCUAAU